CCCCCCUUGGUGUUGAUGGUCUGUGUAUGUCUGUGUAUAUUAUGUCCAUGUAUUCUUCCAUGUCCAGCUCCCCUAAGUGUACCUCCAGCUAUAAAGCUCCACAGCCCCAAAACCCCAACCACUGUUACGGGAUACUCCAUGCUGGCGUGCGGCAGACCUCAGGCCACAGCAGUCUAUAAGGUGUCGGAGUACGCCCGGAGGUUCGGGGUGCCGGUCAUCGCUGAUGGAGGCAUCCAGAAUGUCGGGCACAUUGCCAAAGCCCUGGCACUGGGAGCAUCCACUGUGAUGAUGGGCUCUCUGCUGGCGGCCACCAGUGAAGCUCCUGGUGAAUAUUUCUUCUCUGACGGCAUCAGGCUGAAGAAAUACAGAGGCAUGGGCUCCCUGGAUGCCAUGGACAAAAACCUGGGCUCUCAGACCAGAUACUUCAGUGAGUGCGAUAAGAUCAAAGUUGCUCAGGGUGUUUCUGGAGCGGUGCAGGACAAAGGCUCCAUCCACAAGUUCGUCCCCUACCUGCUGGCUGGCAUUCAGCACUCCUGUCAGGACAUCGGAUCCAAGAGCCUCACACAGCUCAGAGCCAUGAUGUACUCUGGAGACCUGAAAUUUGAAAAGAGAACAACUUCAGCUCAAAACGAAGGUGGAGUCCACGGCUUGCACAGUUAUGAGAAACGACUGUUUUGAGAAGCAUCGAGCUGUGCUGCCUGCUGAUGGAGACAGACACAUUAUGCAACUGCACUACAUGCCUGACCCUGUUAGUCAUUCUCUACACACACUACUAAAAUCUCAUAGAAAUUGUCUUUAAGAAAAAGCUCUCACUCUUCCAACGAUCGAAGUCUUCCUGCCAGUGCCAUCUAUGCAUUGUCUCUGUUCAGUGUAGUCGUGUGAAGGCGGGGAACUAAACAUGUAUCAACAGUUUACGUGUGAUUGUUUCCUCCAAAGCCUUCUAUGUUCUGAUUUAAAGUAAAUGUCUGGCGUGUCCAUUUUAAGGCAAAAAAAGCUGUCUGAUAAUAAAGCCUAUGUGUUUUUCCACAAACAAGUUUUUGGUCACUUUUUGAAGAUCUGUGUUUUUCUAGUACUUUUUAUAUUCUAUACAGAGUUGAUCAUAUAAUGCAGAGACAAUUCCUCAACUGCAGAGAGAGGCAUAUCAGAAGAAG